AGGAGCUAUACUAUAGCCUCUAUCAAGUGCUACCGGUUAAAAUAGUCGUUUUUCGUUUGAAUUGUCUUACGUCUCUUCCACGUGUAGAUAAUAUGGCGUGAUUGAAAUAACGCUGAUUUAUUGAAGUGUUGUUGAUAAAAGAGAAUUCAUUUUUUAUUUGUUAGCUUGAAGCUGUAAAUAGAAAAGAAGCUACAAAAUGCCGUGUGAAAUGAUAACGCUGCAACUAGGUCAAUGCGGCAAUCAAAUUGGCUUUGAGUUUUGGAAAAGACUUUGUGCUGAGCAUGGUAUUAGUCCUGAAGGAAUGCUGGAAGACUAUGCUACAGAGGGAACUGAUAGAAAAGAUGUAUUUUUUUAUCAAUCAGAUGAUGAACACUAUAUUCCAAGAGCUGUACUUUUGGAUUUGGAGCCUAGAGUUAUUCACACGAUUAUGAAUUCUCCUUACUCAAAGUUGUACAAUCCUGAAAAUAUAUAUUUGUCAAAGCAUGGUGGUGGAGCUGGAAACAAUUGGGCUUCUGGUUAUCAUCAAGGAGAAAAAUUACAGGAAGAAAUAUUUGAUAUUCUUGAUAGAGAAGCGGAUGGAAGUGAUAGCUUAGAAGGUUUUGUUUUAUGCCAUUCAAUCGCUGGAGGUACAGGAUCUGGCAUGGGAUCUUUUAUGUUGGAGUCUCUGGCAGAUAGGUUUCCUAAAAAGCUAAUCGAAACUUAUAGUGUUUUUCCAAAUCAAGAUGAAAUAAGUGAUGUUGUGGUACAGCCUUACAAUUCUUUAUUAACACUUAAGAGGCUAACUCAAUGUGCUGAUUGUGUAGUUGUUCUUGACAAUACUGCCUUGAAUAGAAUAGCUACAGAUAGGUUGCACAUUCAAAAUCCUAGUUUUACUCAAAUUAAUAAACUAGUCUCAACCAUAAUGUCUGUUAGUACAACAACUCUAAGAUAUCCAUCAUACAUGAAUAAUGAUUUGGUUGGCUUGAUAGCACCUUUGAUUCCGACUCCAAGAUUACAUUUUCUUAUGACUGGUUACACACCCCUUACAACAGAUCAAGAAGGAGCAUCUGUACGAAAAACGUCGGUCUUAGAUGUCAUGCGUCGUUUAUUACAACCAAAAAAUAUGAUGGUUUCUACAGCAUUAGAUAGAAAUGCAGCUCAUUGUUAUAUUUCUAUUUUGAAUAUUAUUCAGGGUGAAGUUGAUCCAACGCAAGUUCAUAAAUCUCUUCAAAGAAUAAGAGAGAGAAAAUUGGCUCAGUUUAUUCCAUGGGGUCCUGCUAGUAUUCAAGUAGCUUUAUCAAGAAAAUCGCCAUAUAUCCAAAGUACACAUAGAGUAUCAGGUCUUAUGUUGGCUAAUCAUACAAAUAUUUCUUCAUUAUUUGACCGCGCUCUACAACAGUAUGAUAAAUUGCGAAAAAGAGAAGCGUUCUUAGAGCAAUUUAGAAAAGAAAAGAUGUUUGAAGAUAAUCUCGAUGAGCUGGAUAACUCGCGAGAAGUUGUUGAUUGCUUAGUGAAAGAGUAUCAAGCUGCCACUAGAUCAGAUUACUUAACGUGGAGCCCUAAUAAAACAGAUUAA